AUGGAGGCCGCAGAAGGCGGGAACAUUGCCCAUCCCUUUACCCUCGCUGCCGAGGAGCUCGCGAGCGGCGUUGAACAUCGCGACCCCGCUUGGCUUGAGGAGCACGGCGGCACCCAGGGUCUGGCCAAAGCCCUUCGCACCAGCCUAGAUACAGGCUUACACGGCGACGAACUCGCUUCCUCGUUGCAACCGCGCGCAGACGCCUACGGAUCAAAUGUUUUCAAUUUGAUCAUUGGUCUUGCCGUCGCCGAUAAACGCGCUCACUACGGAUAUCUCGAGGGCAUUGCCAUCAUCAUUGUUGUUUGUAUCGUCGUGCUCGUCCAAGCUACUAUUGAUCAUCAGAAGGAGGCAAAGUUUCGUCAGCUCAAUUCUGUAAAGGACAACUACGACGUUCAUAUCGUUCGCGCCGGCGCCACAGAGGCUCACUCAGCGGAAGAGGUCCUUGUUGGUGACCUCAUCAAAGUCUCCGCGGGUGACAAACUACCCGCAGAUGGUAUUCUGGUUCAGGGCUCCGCCUUGAAAACGAACGAGUCUGCCAUGACGGGAGAGCCCAUUGAUAUUACAAAGGAAGUCGGUGCCGACGUCUUCAUGCUAUCGGGCACUACGAUCUCGGAGGGUGUUGGCCACGUCCUCGUUUUGGCUGUCGGGGAACGCUCGCAGUGGGGCGUAAUCUUGAAGGGGCUCAUCGUCGAGCCGGAAGACACUCCUUUACAGGAACGUCUCGACCGUCUUGCAUGGAACAUUGGCAAGGUUGGUAUUUUGUUCGCUACCCUUACCUUCUGUGUGUCUACAAUUCGUUGGAUUGUCGAUUCCGCCAACGCUUCGCAAUGGGAAUUCAGCAAUUUGCUUGAUUUCUUCAUUGACGCCAUUACCAUUGUUGUCGUCGCCAUUCCAGAGGGUCUUCCGCUUGCAAUUACGUUGGGGCUGGCAUUUGCAAUGCGCAAAAUGAUGAAGGAUAACAAUCUUGUUCGUCGUCUUGAGGCCUGCGAGACGAUGGGCUCCGCCACCCAACUCAAUGCCGACAAGACAGGGACUCUGACACAGAACAGGAUGACUAUCCAUUUCGUCUACGAGAACGCCGAUGACCCGAAAGCUGUUGACGCUGAUAUGUCCGCCAAAUUUAGAGACCUUGUGGCCGUGAAUAUGUCAGUAAAUUCUCAGGCAAACCUGCAAUUCAGCCACGGAAAGAUUGACCACUUGGGAAACAAGACCGAAUGCGCGCUCUUGCAGCUUGUCAACUUGUGGGGCAAGAACUACGAAGCGCUUCGCAAAGAGCACAAAUCAGAACGCAUCUACAUGUUUGACUCCAACAAGAAAUGCAUGAGCACGUCGGAGCGCAUCACAGAUGAGACGGUUCGCUUACACACGAAGGGCGCACCGGAGAUGGUUGUGAAGUCGUGCACGGGCAAACUGGCUGCGGAUGGCGUUACGGUGGAAGCAAUGGAUGCCGAGGCACGGGAGGAAGUGGGGAUGGUCGUAGAGGGUAUGGCUCGUCGUGGUUUGAGAACUCUUCUCAUGGCGUACCGUGAUGUGAAUCACGACGCAAACGACAAGGAAUUUUGGGAUAAACCCCCAGAUAGCGAACUUGUUUAUCUUGGUGUGGUCGGAAUCAAAGAUCCAAUCCGGCCAGAGACGAGGGAAGCUGUGAAACAGCUCAAGGAAGCGGGCGUGACAGUUCGUAUGGUGACAGGUGACAAUGCGCUGACAGCAAGGUAUAUUGCGAGGGAAGCAGGCAUCCUUGACGACGAUGGUCUUGUCAUGGAAGGGCCCGAAUUCCGAAAGAUGUCUGAAGAAGAAAGGAGCACCGUCGCACUUAAAUUGCAGGUUCUCGCAAGAUCGACUCCUAACGAUAAGUUGAUUCUGGUUAGUGCACAGAAGAAACUUGGGGAAGUGACUAGCGUGACAGGAGAUGGAACUAACGAUGGACCAGCGCUAAAAGAGGCUGACGUUGGCUUUGCCCUUGGCAUCGUCGGGACUGAAAUUGCGAAAGAGGCGUGCGAUAUUGUGAUUCUGGAUGACAACAUCCAGUCGAUGACAAAGGCUGUGCUCUGGGGACGGAACGUGUAUGAGUCCAUCCGCAAGUUUUUACAGUUCCAACUUGUAGUGAACGUUGUGGCCGUAACGCUCAAUUUCAUUUCUGCGUGUGCAGGAGUACCACUCCCUCUGGGGGCUGUUCCAUUGCUUUGGGUGAACAUGAUAAUGGAUUCUAUGGGCGCCUUAGCACUUGCCACCGAACCGCCGAAAGGAGAUCUUCUUCAGCGAAAGCCAUUUGGGCGCAGAGCCCCUCUUAUCAAUCGCCCCAUGUAUCGAAAUAUCAUUGGAAUCAGCGUUUACCAGCUGAUUGUAUUGGAUUUGGAGAUUAACACCAUUAUCUUUAACGUGUUCGUGUUCAUGCAAAUUGGCUCAGAAAUCAAUGCUCGUCAGAUUGUCAAGAAAAACGUAUUUUCUGGAAUUCACAAGAGUGCUCUGUUUCUCAUAAUUAUUGGAAUCACCUGCUGUGUUCAGGUUGGCAUCAUGUUUGGCGUCGGAGGCACUCAAGUCGGAGAGUCGAUUGGCAUUGGCCGUAUUAAUGGUAUAGCCUGGGGUACCUCGGCUGUCCUUGGAGCACUAGUGCUGCCAUGGGGCUUCUUGGUUCGGUGUAUUCCUCUGGAUUGGUGCUACGGACCCAUGGAUGAAGAUCCAACUGCGAUGUCUAAAUUGGAAAAGGUCCUACAUGUUCCGAAUAGAAAACUGCUUCAUUUACCCCAAGAUGAUGGGUAUGGCCCGGGUUAUAUUGACAAAAUAUCAUCGGGGACCGCUGAGACGGUUGGCUCUAGUACUCCUCCUGGUGCCGAACACGAGGUUGCCGUCAUGAAUGGUUUGACGGGACCGUCUCCUGCGAAGGUCCGUUUACGGGUAUUUGUCCACGCUGUUGCCUUUGUGAAUGUGAUAUCGAGAUCAAGGAUGUCACGAGCGUCCAGCCAGACCCCGAGCCGGGCAGAAGAUGUAUGAAGGACAGCAGAAACUAUGAGCUAUACGACGUUAUCUAUAUAUUUAUUGCGUUUCGCGCUCUACUGGUUUACGCGCAAUUGGAGGCGAAAGGCAGACGAGGGAUCUUCAGCGGUCUGAUGGACUUCACAUCACGCGCGGCAUAUACCCGAUACAUUUCUGGGCCACGAAAAAGUACCCUUCCCCGGGGGCUUAAUUUGGGGCGGGGUUUAUUUUGGGACAGCGUUAUUAUUUACCUAUGCCAAGCGUCCUUCGGGCACUUGAGACCCAACCAAAGCGCGCCAAGUGCUUCGUAUCAUGUUGAGGAACAUCUUGAAUUAAACUGCUUUCCAAAGGCGGGUCGAUCCGUGAUAGGACUCUUCAAAUAUAAAGGGAGUGGUAGAAAUCAACGACAUCAAGUCCAUUUUUUCA